UAACUUUGGGGUCUUUGGGGGAAAAACCGCCUUCUUCUUCGCGCCUUGAACGUUUCUGCACUUUGAACGUUACAUAAGCACUAUUAUUUGUCAAGUUCAAUACAGCUUUGUCUAGAAAAGACUCGGCUACAUAACGUACGAUGGGUUUUGAGGACUCCAUUAUGCAGACAUUUGACUGCAUCAAAGAGACCCUUGGCAACCUUGAUCGGUCUAAACUACAGCUCCUAGCACUCUCUUCUGCUGGAGUUGGAGCUCUUUUGUGCUACUUGGCAUGGAAGCAAAGCCCCAAAACAAUACCAAUUGGAGAUGGCUGGUGGGGAGCUGGGGAGAAGCCUUUAACUGAAGACGAAGCCAUUCACAGAUUUGUAGUGAAGACCUCAGUGGAAGAGAUAGAGGAUCUGCACAGACGCAUUGAUCAAACACGCUUCACGGAUCCACUGGAGGAUUCCCGGUUUCAUUAUGGAUUUAACUCAUCUUAUCUUAGACGGGUGGUCUCCUAUUGGAGGCAGGAGUUUGACUGGGAGAAGCAGGUGAAGUUGAUUAACCAGUAUCCUCACUUCAAAACCAAAAUUGAGGGUAUAGAUGUGCAUUUCGUUCAUGUGAGGCCUGUUCAGAAGACUGGACAGACAGUUCUCCCUCUCAUGAUGGUUCACGGCUGGCCUGGAUCCUUUUAUGAGUUUUACAGGAUUCUGCCUUUGCUCACUAAGACAGAUUCAGAUGUGGUCUUUGAGGUCAUCUGUCCCUCCAUUCCAGGCUACGGCUACUCUGAAGCGCCACAUAAAAAAGGUUUUAACACUAUGGAGGCUGCCCGCAUCUUCCAUAAGCUGAUGGAAAGACUGGGCUUCGCUGAGUUUUACGUGCAGGGAGGAGACUGGGGAGCAUUCAUUACCAGCAACAUGGCCCAGAUGAAGCCAGAGUGUGUUCGUGGUCUACACUUGAACAUGGUCAUUGCCAGGACAGACAGCCUUGGACAGCUCCUCUCCUUAGUCAUUGGUCGCUACCUGCCGUUCCUGGUGGGCUUCACAAAAGAAGAUGUCAGACGACUCUAUCCUUACAUGGAGAAGAAUAUAUAUGAUAUAAUGAGAGAAACUGGCUAUUUACACAUUCAAGCCACAAAACCAGACACAGCAGGAUGUGGACUGAACGACUCUCCAGUCGGAUUGGCUGCAUAUAUCUUGGAGAAAUUCUCCUCCUGGACAGACUUGGGACACAAAGACUUGGAGGAUGGAGGUUUGGAAAGAAAGUUCAGUCUUGACGAUCUCCUCACAAAUGUCAUGAUCUACUGGACCACAUGCUCCAUCAUUCCCUCCAUGCGCUUCUACAAAGAGAACCUGAAGAAAGACUUCAAGACAAGGGUGGACAGAGUGACAAGUGUGUAUGUGCCCACUGGCCUGGCUGCCUUUCCCGAUGAGCUACUUCACUGUCCUAGGGCCUGGGCCAGCUCACGGUUUACAGAUGUGCGUUCUUUCACCUACAUGAGCCGAGGGGGACACUUCGCUGCCUUGGAAGAACCCCAGCUUAUGGCUAAUGACAUCAUUCAGUUUGUGGAGAAAGUGGAGAGCAAAGGCCACAAAUAACUGCUUUAUUCCAGUAUCUUAAGAAACAUAGAAUGCACUGCUCUGAUCAUUUCUGUUUAGUGUUAAUUUUCAGUCGACCAAAUGAAGUUACAUAAAAAGUUCUGUACAAUAUAAUUUUGUAAAUUUUUUGCACAAUGUUUUGUGCAUAAAGACUAAAGAUAUACUUUUUUACUCUAUGCUGUUAAAGUCAGUAAAACAUUUCUGAAGUUUCAAAAGCUAAAAUUUGCUAACAUAGUUUCACGUUACACUACAAUAUGCACGUACACUACAAUAAUCAGUUUGUCAUUUCAAUCAGUUUAAUGAACCCUGACCUUAAGAUUGAAUGUUCUUUUGUAAGUGAAUGGAAAUGCAAAUAAAAGCAGACAGUACAAAGAUAUAGCACCAAAUGGAAA